AUGCCGGAGGUGGUCUUAGCCAUAGAAGACAACAGCUGCAAGAACAGUCUCUUCUUUGGAUUGUUUGACGAUUCUGAAUCCAGAAGGCUAAGAAGUGGGAGCAUGAAGAGACAGUACGGCGACAUGGGAGAUGACUACUACAGAGUUUGUGAAGAACAUCAUGAUAAUGUUAACUAUGGUGAUGAAGAUGAAGAUGAAGGGUCGAGGAUGGACAUGAUAGCCUUGAGAGAAAGUGUUUGA